UUUUUAAGUUUUCAUUAAUUUUCCAACCUCCUCCCUUCAAUAUUUAUACUAGCCCUUCUUUCCUUCAUCCACCUUAUGGUACUUGAUUCAUGAUUCAUUUUGCCAAAGAAGUUUGUCUUAUUGUAAUGUUUCUAUAUAUUCUUCAAUCACCAUCAUCAAUACAUAGAAGAGAAAAACUCAACCAACCAAAACAAAAUACCAAAACCCCCAUUUACAAUAAACCUUCAAAAUUUUCCAAUUCAUAAUCACCAUAUCCAUUAAUUAUCAUAUUUUCUUGCCCUUCUUGUUUAUUUGUAGUCAUUUUAUUUCAAAAAAACACAUAUUUAAACAAACAAAAAUGGAGUUAACUUGUAGUACUAACCCCACCCCCACCUCCACCAAAACCCCAGAUUCAGAAGUUGAUACCCCUCCUUUAAUUAAGCCUUUAUCUUUCAGCAACGGCAAUAAUCACCACAAUCAUCACCACGAACUGCCGCCGUGCACGGCGGUGAUUUACAAAGAAUGUUUGAAGAAUCAUGCAGCAAGUUUAGGUGGACACGCCGUAGACGGUUGCGGUGAGUUUAUGCCUUCGCCGGAAUCCACCCCAUCAGAUCCCAUUUCACUAAAAUGCGCCGCUUGUGGUUGCCACCGCAACUUCCACCGCCGUGAACCGUCGGACGAUUCAUCACCGCCGGCCCACUUCAUCGAUUUCCGCCACCAUAUUUUCCCCCAAAUUAAGCGAUUUUCUCCCUCUCCGUCACCGUCUCUGUCCCUUUCUCCGCCGCCGCUGCCGUCACUGUUCCAGCCCCAACCCGUUACUCCUACAGGUUUAAAAUCAGAGAACCCAAAUGGUAGAAAGCGAUUUAGGACCAAAUUUACAGCAGAACAGAAAGAGAAAAUGCAUUCGUUUUCGGAGAAAUUGGGUUGGAAAUUGCAGAAAUGUGAUGAAACUGCUGUUGAUGAAUUUUGCAAUGAAAUUGGAGUUGGAAAAAGUGUUCUUAGAGUUUGGAUGCACAAUAACAAAAACACUAUUGGGAAAAAAGAUUACCAAAGUAGUAGAGAUCAUAGCUUCGAGAACAAAAAUGGAUUCAAUAUCAAUGGCACCGCAAGCAGCAAUGAAGAAGAAGAUCAUCACAAAAGUAACAACAAUGAUAAUAGUACUACUAGUAAUUGUGAGCUUCAUCUUCAUAUUUCCACUAAUGGGUCUUCUUCUUCAUCCUAAUUUUAGUCAUUUUGUAAUUUGUUCUCUCUAGCAACAACAAUGAAUAAUAAGGAUAUAUUAGAAGGUAAAUGUAACUCUCUUUUCUAAAUUUUAUUA